AAAGGGAUCCAGAAUUAAAUGAUAAUUAUACUUUGGAUAGAAAUCUUGAACUUUCACACUAUCGACGGGAUAAUAAAAAUAAUAUAUCAGUUAGAGGCCCUAAACUUUCGUUGUAUCAUCAGCAGAAUAACAGAGAUAGUACUUCGGAUGAAAGUGUGGAAUCCUCAUACCAUCGACAUGAAAAUAGCACCAAUAUUUUGGAUGAAAGCAUAGAACCCUUAUACUAUCAAUAUGAAAAUAGCAUCAACAUGUCAGAUAGAGGCCCUGAAUUUUCAUACCAUCAGCAAAAUAACAGAGAUAAUACUUUGGAUGAAAGCAUGGAACUCUUAUACUAUCAACAUGAAAAUAGCACCAACAUGUUGGAUAGAGGCUCUGAAUUUUUGUACCAUCAGCAAGAUAGUAGAAAUAGUAUUUUGGAUAAUAACAGAGAAUUCUCGUACUAUCGAGAUAAGAAUAGCACCAAUAUUUUGAGUAAUUUUACAUUUGAUGUGAUACCCC